GCGGCGUCUUUAAUUUUUAUAAGCAAAUUGACGGCUGGAAGUUUGAGACUUGCGCUGACUGUGACCGCUGUCAGGUAUAUGCCCUUUUACCCAGCAGUACCAUGGUGAAUGACAAGAACACAUCCAAUCAAGACCAACCAUUACGCACACAACCAAACAUGCCUUUGGUUCCACCGCUGAACUUCGCCAUGGUGUCUCCAGGAGUAUACAGAUCUGGGCAUCCCAAUCGGCAAAACUUCCCAUUCUUACGAAAACUAGGUCUCAAGACUGUUAUGUACUUUGCAAUGGAGGAUUUGACACCGGAUAUGGAACAGUUCAUGCGAGAAGAAGGCAUCCAAACUUUCCACUACAGAACAGAAGGAAACAAAGAGCCAUUCCAGGAAAUCAGCACAGAAGAUAUCAAUCAUGCGCUUGUGAAACUUUUAGACGAGCGAAGUCAUCCUGUUUUGAUCCAUUGUUUGAAAGGGAAGCAUCGCAUUGGUUGUCUCGUUGGAUGUUUACGCAAGAUACAGAGAUGGUCAAAAACUUCUAUAUUUGAUGAGUAUCGAAGAUUUGCGGAUACAAAAGUGUUGGCAGACUUGGAGUUUAUAGAGAUUUUUGACGAAGAGUUGGUCCCAUAUGAUCGCGCCCAUAAGCCAUUCUGGCUUUGAGAUAGCAACAUUAACUAAGAACAGAAAAGAAUGUCACUGACUGUAUACCCCAGUUCCGAACUAUAUCAUGCCGAUAGGCUUCUGGUCAAUUCAUAUCGUUUUAGUUUCUCUCUCUCUCUCUCUCUCUCUCUCUCUCUCUCUCUACUCUUCUA